AGCUUUCGAUUUAGCGACCUUCCUCUUGAGAUUGCCCUCCUCGUCCUUAAAUAUGCGGCGGUACCGACAUUUUCCCAAAAAGAGGAAUAUGCAGAAAAAAAUCCCUAUGAAACUGCCCUGUCUCUAUGUCUUGUCUCUCGACUUGUGAGACGCACGAUCCUCCCCGAUUUCCUGCAUACCAUUUCGCUCCGCCGAUGUGACAGCAUGAGAAUGUUCGCAAUCUCUGUGCUUAUGCAGAAAGUGUACGCUGAGGAAGAAAGCCAUCUUUUUUUCGACUAUACCUCCGCUGUAAAGAGGAUGUGGAUUAGUCACAAUGACUUUACAGAACAACGCUUCCAGGAUUCUGAGACCAAGCUGUACAUGAACUUGCUAGUUCCGGUGUUGCUCGCUGUACCGGAACUUGCAAUUGACUGGUACAAUUUAAAGCUUGUUGUUCAGCUCGUGGAAGAUGCGAGGACCUCCUGCGCAGGUCUCGAUGCCGACCACAGACAUUCUCUAUUUCCCGGGAAAACCCAAAGUCUGACGAUAAUGGGUCACUCCACCGACUGGGAGAUCUUCAAGCACGUUCGAAAAGGAUCUAUAUUCCUCGCGUCAAUCCCCCAUCUCACCUACCUG